AUGACCUCAAGUCCGUUACAUAUCGGUGUUCUUCUCGUGGACAUUGUCCAGCUUCUUGAUUUGGCCGCUAUCGACCUGCUCUUUAUGACCUGCCCGGAAUAUCUUAGGGAACUUGGCGUCCCAAAGCCUCUCGUGGAGCUAGGACGACCAUGUAAAGUCUCCUACAUUGCACUGGGUGGUCCAACGACGAGCCGAGAUUUGACAUCUCAUACCUCAAUUCCUAUCACCAAUUCCCUUACUGAUAUGGACGUUGCACCCGGAAAAUUGGACUUGAUUUAUCUUCCUGGUCCACCACCUAAGCAUAUGCCACCUCCAAAGGAAUAUCUUGAUUUCCUCCGCCGGCAUGAUGCAGUUCAGACGACAAUCCUCUGUGUAUGCACAGGCGCAUUGGUUGUUGCAUAUGCAGGUCUCACCAAGAACAGAAUCUCUACCGCACCACGUUUUCUGAUACCACAGUUAAGGAAGACAUUUCCGGAGGCGAAGGCCUGGGAUGAUACAGUUCGCAUUACUAGGGAUGGGAAUUUAUGGAUGUGUGGUGGAAUCACGAAUGGCAAUGAUCUUGUGAUUGAAUAUCUACGAGAAAAAUAUCCAGCACCACUUGUAAACACCAUUCUUACUGCCGCCGAAAUAUCCCCUCGUCCUUUGAAAUACAUGAAUGGACCAACAAGGGACUUUUUAUGGAUGUUCUGGCAAGUGGUGUGGGCAUUUUUGUACUCUGUCAUUCGCCCAAGUAAGGCAUACUUCAAAGGUUGA